AUGCCAUCGGAACCGAUUCCUCCAUUCCCUUUUCCCACGUCGGGACCACUAGAUCCUUACAUCAAUUACUUGAAAGAUACUCUCACCAAGCUUGGCCGCUACGACCAAGGUGAUCAAUCCCUCGCCAAGGCCAUCCAACAAGGCCUCGAUGAAGAUAUCGAGGAGUUGAAGGUAUGGAAUAUCACGAGUGCCGACAACUUCAUGUACUACGCCAGCUUCCUGCUCACCAACUGGAUUCCAACCGAGACACAUAACAGUCGUUUCCUCUAUUACGUCCUCACAGUCUUCUAUUACAUAUUCGAUCGACCGGCGAUCCGCGAUCUGCAGACGCCAAUCAGUCCGGACUCAAUCGAGGGCGACAUGCCCAAGAUGAGACCACUGUCUGACUGGAUCGUUGGAUACGCUAGACGGGUUGGGUCCUGGCUAAGCACUCCUGAUUCUUGGACAGAAAAUUCCUGGAAGACUUUCCAAGACGCCACGCUCUACAGAUAUCGCGACUAUCUAAUUCCAGAUCCUGCCUCUCCCACCGGUGGCUACGGAAGUUUCAACCAAUUCUUCUGUCGUUUCCUCAGAGAUCCCAGUGUCCGACCGAUUGACGAGGACAUCGAUGUUGUUGUCUUUCCCGCGGAUUCGACAUUCGACAAUUCGUGGCCCAUUGACAACGAUCUAUACGUGGACAUCGCGGAUCCGGAUGCACCUCCAUCAUCCUCAGGCAAAGAGGAUUUGGUUGACGUCAAACUCGUUAAAUGGCCACUAUCUGCCUUGCUUGCAGGUUCGUCAUACAAAGAGGUAUUCAAGGGCGGCACAUGGGCUCACAUCUUCCUCAACACUUUCGACUACCAUCGACAGCACGCUCCCGUGUCGGGAACGGUGAAGGAAGCAUUCCUUGUCGAGGGUUGCGCAUACCUGCAAGUACAGGCCAAGGUUGGCGAUGAUGGCAAGAAGAGGCUCAGCCCACGACGAGGCCAUUCGCCGGCUGUUCGGGCGGGAGAUGCAGUGGGCGCCCAGCCAGAUGCUCCUGAUGGUGCCGGAUACCAAUUUAUCCAGCAACGAGGUUGCAUCGUGAUUGACACGACAGGCUUUGCCAAUAUUGGUCUGGUUGCUGUCCUCCCUAUGGGGAUGGCUCAAGUCUCUUCGGUCAAUCUGUCCAAGGGUUCCAAGGUCGGAAAUGUUGUCCAGAAGGGCGAGGAGAUUUCGUGGUUCGAGUUUGGCGGCUCCGACCUGGUCCUGGUGUUUGAAGCACAGGCAGAAGUGACCGAUUUCCCACCCCCUAAUACAGACGAGGAUCCCAGUCCACAUCAUCUGAUGGGUGAAAAGCUGUGUACGGUCAAAGCAAAGCCCGCGUGA